AAAGAACACGCCCAGCCAUCAGUUCAGCCUGUGACACGGAUCUCUCUGCAGUUCUGAUAGAGAUACAUUUGUAAGAGCUGAUUCUGAUUUGUUUUGACACAAGGCAAUUUGUCUGUCACUACCUUGUGAUAAAGGAUAGAGGCAAUCAGAAUUCCCCCGGGUGCCUGUGUUCUCAGGUUAAGAAGUGACAAAACACCAACAGCACCAGGAUGCAAGCGGCUACUCAAAUUCCUAUGAAGCACAGUUAGGCCAGACAGCUCUGCGUUACUCCUUCUGGUGCCUGGGCCCUGUUUUGGGCAUAGAUCUUAAAGGACCAGUCAGUGCUGAGAGAGAUCCUGCCUCUCUGCAAGGGACAUGGAUGGAACUGGAACUCUGGGAAAAGUCAGCAGCCGAGACCAUCAGCAACAUGGCACUGGGGCUCCUUUUAAACCUGUGCAGACUCAACACGCACCAGAAAAAGCCAACAGGAUUGUCCGUCGUCACGUGCUGCAGAGAAGCAAAGCAGACAUUCCUCCUAUAGACCCCGAGGUUCUCAAGGACUUGGAAAUCCAUACGCAAGAUGUGGCUCUCAAAGUAGAUCAGAUGAUGAAAAGCCUUAAUGGAACUAUCCAGAAUAUGACGGCACUGAGUGUUGGAUACAUUCAGACCUACAGAGAUUCAGUGGACAGCCUUGGAGAAUCCGUUGAUAUGAGCAUCAAGGGUAUGUACACACUGAUGGCUCGAUGUGAAGAACUGGACCGAUCCAUGCAGCCCAUCCAUGCACUUGCUAAACAAAUCCUGGAAAUUAAAUGCACUUUGGAGAUUUUCGAAUCCCUAUGUAAAUAACGUGUCAAUAAGUACCUUGUUUUAUUAUAUUUUUUUAACGACCAUUAAAUCAUUGCUGCAAAUGUGGA